AUGACUGUGUUUAUUCUCGAAAACGAUCCAGGGUUUAAAAAUGCAGAUCGAAAUGAUUAUCUUACUAAAAGUGAUCAUAUUUUUCAAAAGUGUGAUCGUGUUACCGAACCUGAAAACCAAAAAUUUCUAGCCAAGUGUGUGGAAAAAAUAGGUGCUGAUUGUGGAGAUCAAGUGUAUAACAACCUGACUCGUGAUGGGAGCAUAACAAAACAAUGUUGCAAAAAGCUCGUGAAAACCGGUGAAAAAUGUCAUACCAAUAUGGCAAAGGCUUUGAUUCGUACACCAGCAAUGGCGAAUAUUGAUCCAGAUGAAUUUUUAGAGAAAAACCAGAAAAUAUUUGAUGAUUGUGAACGUACGGAAUAA